UGUCUAGUGUCUUGGCGGGAUGGUAUAAAAAAAAAAGGGCAAAACAAGCACACGUAUGUAUGUACAAAUAUCUCGAGUAAACAGGCGGUCCACGUUUCACAGAUGAUGUGUAAAAGUAUAACGAAGGGACAUAAACGGGGUUAGAAUCAGCGAAAGUGCGGGUGAUGUGGUGAAAUUUAAAGCUUGCUUGUAUCGUUAAGAAUGUGAAUAGAAGUGGAUAAACAAAUAUUGUCUCAGUUCGCGGACGCAGCUGCGAGUUAUGCGUGCAGUGGGUGUAUCGCACAUCAAGUUUCGAGCUAAAUUAUUUGAAAUUGUGUCAGUGAGACGGCGUUUCUCAUGCCGCAGCUAGUAUUGUACACCGAUUGAUAUUACACUAACAUCGCUGGAAAGAUGCUUCUCCCGGCUGAGUAAAAGCCGCUGGUUUUAUUUAUACUCGAGGGAAUUACUGAGGCCACGUGGAAGCGUUGUAAGCCUGGAAAAAUAUGUGCCAGUAUGUCCGAGAGUGUCCUGGAAGCAGCGAACAGCGACAACGAUCAGAGAGCCUCCCUCUACGUAUUUCCGGUAUCAUUGCAAGCUGCGGCAGGCGGCGUUGGUCCAACCUACGUAACAGCCCAGACAGCACAUCCGUCGUCGAUUCUGCAGCAACAGCAACAGCAGCAGCAACAUUAUGCAGGUGCAAUUGGAGGAGGAGGAGGUCAUCAGACGAUACCGGGCGGCUCGGUAUCGACGAUCUCGAACAACUCAGGGGCGAGUCAAACCCCGACGAUGACGUCGACGGGGAUCGGCAAUCCCGGCGCCAUCUUGGCCUCGAGGACUGCCAAUUUGAAAACCCACGCUCGAUCCGCCAGUCAUGGCGGUGUUUUGGCGACCGGACUCGUCGCCGCGACUUCCUCGGCUGGAGCCACGGCUCGGCCUUCGGCCCUCAAGAAACCCGGACACCAGAGGGCCUUCAGUCAAGGCCAGGUCGUCGACGUUCAGGGUCCUCAUCUCGUCACUGGGCACAGUCGAGUCGGUUCGAAAACCGACUUCAUACUGCCUCCUGGACAUCGGGAAGAUGCCAGACCACCCACAGGUGGAAAGGUCCCAUCUUUUCGAGGACACUCGCGGCAAGCCUCGAGAUCAGAAUCGAUAUACACGAUAAGGCGUAGCGCCGCGCCGCCAUGGUGGAGAAGACUUUGGGCAAGGUGUUUUGGUCCCACUGCCGAGGAGCCGAGACUAAGAACCAUUGUUCCGAAUCACCUGGUACCACCGAAAACGCCAAAGACUCAGCAUCCCAACGGGAUCAGAGUGGAUAACAGAGUACGCACAACGAAAUAUACACCGCUAAGUUUCUUGCCUCGAAAUCUGCUCGAGCAGUUUCACAGAGUGGCGAACGUAUAUUUCAUAUCCAUUGUCCUGCUGAAUUGGAUUCCAGCAAUUAACGCCUUUGGGAAAGAAGUCGCCAUGAUACCAGUCAUCUUUGUACUCGGUGUAACCGCGCUAAAAGACUUCUUUGAGGACAGAAGACGAUUCAGCAGCGAUCAACGUGUCAAUAAUUUUACAUGCCGAGUCUACGUUGGGGAGAGCGACCGAUACAAAAAGGUUCCUUGGAAGGACGUUAAGGUUGGAGACCUCGUCCAUUUGUCAAACAACGAAUUGGUGCCUGCGGAUCUUUUGCUAUUGAGAAGCAGCGACCCCCAGGGUUUGGCCUACCUUGACACCUGCAAUCUUGACGGUGAAACUAAUUUAAAACAGCGCCAAGUUGUCAGGGGAUUCUUAGAUUUACAAAAUAGUUUUAAACCGUCCAAAUUCCGAUCGGUUGUUGAGGUAGAUCAACCGAGCACGAGAAUCUACAGGUUUCACGGUGCCGUGGUUCAUUCCUCUGGUUCCCGGGUGCCUGUUUCUACAGAAAAUCUUCUUCUGAGGGAAUGUCUUUUGAAAAACACCGACUUCGUCGAGGGGAUCGUCGUUUAUGCCGGUCACGAGACGAAGGCUAUGUUAAACAAUGGCGGACCUCGUUACAAGAGGUCCCGACUGGAACGUCAGAUGAAUUUGGAUGUUGUCUGGUGUGUCUUUAUACUGGUUGUACUGUGCCUAGUCGGUGCGAUUGGCUGUCGUUUAUGGCUCUCUGGCUAUGAUCUGCAAGUUCCUAUUCCAUUUCUACCAGAUCCUCAGAAUCCCAGUUACGAAGGAAUGCUCACUUUCCUCACCUUUGUUAUUAUACUCCAAGUAAUGAUUCCCUUAAGCCUUUACGUUACCAUUGAAAUGGCAAAGGUCGUGCAAGUUUAUCACAUUGGAAACGACAGAGCGUUGUACGAUCCGGAUAGUGACCGUAGAGCAGAAUGUCGGGCUUUAAAUAUCACAGAGGAAUUGGGCCAGGUACAGUACGUGUUCUCAGACAAAACUGGUACUCUGACUGAGAACAAAAUGGUAUUCCGGCGGUGCGCAGUUGGCGGACAAGACUACGGUCAUACUGGAGAGGGUGAAAAUUUAAUACCGAGUAUUAGAUUGAAGGAAGAUUUACUCAUCGGUUUAUCCAGGCAUAGAUUACAGGAGUUUCUGAUACUUUUAGCAGUAUGCAAUACAGUUGUUGUCAAUACAUCGCCGCACCAUGACGUUAUGAAUUCUAGCGGCGUUAUCGAAGAACCACAUAAAAAUGGAACGCACACUAGAUAUGCCAGGCUGACAGAGUCGAGAAGUGUUACGCCCAGUCCGCCACCUCUUAGUGCAAAUCUUUCACCAAUUCAAUCUUCUACCGAUACUACAGCGACUGGAGAUCAUGCCCCACAUGUGAAACUGUCAAGUUGUUUGUUCACUUACAGGCCAAAACUGCUGGGCGUCUCGUCAAUUCCAGGGCUCAACAUCAGCAUACUUACGCGCAAGACAUCACCGACGCAGCAUCGUAGUUCUAGUCCAGCUCAUUCUGAGCCUCCUCCAAUAUACGAAGCCGAAAGUCCCGACGAAUUAGCCUUGGUCUUAGCUGCCAGAGCUUAUGAUGUCAAACUUGUGAAACGAACACCUCACAGCGCGCUAGUCUCCCUCCCAGACAAGUCGACCCUGGACUUUGAGAUUCUCAAGGUGCUGCCGUUUGACUCGAGUAGAAAGUGUAUGUCGAUUGUUGUGCGGCAUCCGCAUACCAGGGAGAUUGUUAUGUACACGAAGGGUGCUGAUUCGACGCUCAUGUCGUCGCUGAACUCGAAUGACGACGAAUCAACGUCAAAUUUAGCCAGCAAAAUUAGGCAACAGCUGCAUUCCUACGCUCGCCAAGGUCUUCGCACUUUGGCAAUGGCUCGUCGAACUCUUACUCUUCCUGAGUAUGAAACUUGGCUCCAGCGACACAACGAGGCUGAACUUGCUACUGAAAAUCGGGAAAGGCGUCUGAGAGAUUCUUAUGCUAGUCUUGAAUCUCAUCUAACGCUGUUAGGUGCUACAGGAAUCGAGGACAAACUUCAGGCUGGUGUACCAGAGGCUAUCGCCGCUCUCAUUGCUGCUGGAAUUGUAGUUUGGGUCCUAACUGGAGACAAGCCAGAAACAGCAGUGAAUAUUGCCUACUCAGCACGACUGUUUUCACCUUCUAUGCAGUUGCUUUGGUUGCAAGCACGAUCGAAAACAGUUGCAGAAACCUUGAUUCACGGUCAUUUGGAAGCUAUAGAACAGGAGCAUUUAGUCGAUUAUUCCAGCGAUGUGACUGAUUCUGAUCCAUCGGAAAGAGUUGCUCACAGAAUUGGAUCCCGACGACAACGUGCCUUGGUUGUGGAUGGCAAAACGCUUACUUUUAUUUUGGAUCCAAGGUCAGGAUUGACUGGGCCAUUUCUCGACUUAACUCGUCUUUGUACCAGUGUUUUAGCAUGCCGGGCUACUCCUCUGCAAAAAGCCUAUAUUGUACGUGUCGUUAAAGAACGGCUUGGCAUGAGAACUCUUGCUAUUGGUGAUGGAGCCAACGAUGUUAGUAUGAUUCAGACAGCGGAUGUUGGAGUUGGCGUUUCUGGGCGCGAAGGCACCCAAGCCGUAAUGGCUGCGGAUUUUGCUAUUGCUAGAUUUCCGUUGCUGACCAGACUGCUUUUGGUUCACGGUCAUUGGUGCUACGACAGACUGUCUAGAAUGAUUUUAUACUUCUUUUACAAAAACGCCACCUUUGUCUUCCUAAUUUUUUGGUUCCAGUUGUACUGCGGAUUUUCGGGAGCUGUGAUGAUCGAUCAGAUAUAUUUAAUGCUCUACAAUUUAUUAUUCACAUCUCUGCCUCCUCUGACGCUUGGUGUUUACGACCAACUCGUCGCAGCUGGUACGCUAAUGGCAUCUCCUCAACUAUAUGGUCGAGGACGGUUAGGCCUUGUGUAUCAGCCUCAUUCUUUCUGGAUAACAAUGGCUGAUGCACUUUAUCAAAGCAUUGUUAUUUUCUUUAUCACCGAAGCUGCCUACCAUGACUCUGAUGUGGAUAUUUGGGAGUUUGGAACAACAAUUCUGACCUCUUGCAUGAUCUCGAUGCUUAUUUAUGUCGCGAUAGAAACUAGGUCAUGGACAAUAAUUCACGUAGGCUCUAUAAUCAUUUCACUGGGUGUGUUUUUUGGAUUUUGUCUCGUUUACAAUGCCGUAUGUGUCGAUUGCAUGGGACUACCAGGAUCUUAUUGGGUUAUGCAAACUGCUAUUUCGAGAUAUGUAUAUUGGCUGACUGUCAUUGUUGCAUCCAUCCUCGCAAUGCUUCCCAGGUUGGUAUACAGGGCAGUGAAAACUACGGUGGCACCGGACAUGAUACAGCAGGCAAUUUUGGAAUCUUCGGCAACAAACCGUCAACGGCAGAGGAUUGCAGGCAGAGGUGAGGUUCUCGUUGCCGGUUGGUCACGAUCAACUCAGCAUGCGACGAUCAGACCAGGAAGUUAUGGGCCUAAGGAUAACGCUCUGACAACUGUAGUUGCAUGACAUCCGUGUGCCACAAUAAGCAGAUACCUCUUCGAGAUGAAAUCUAACCACCAACAACAAACAGUAAUAUCUUAGCUAGUUGAAAGAAUUGUUAUAUCCUUUCCCCCUAAAUACACAGACACACCUGCAAACACACACAGAGAGUACAAUGCCCGAUUUUAUAUUACGUGCUACUUGCCACAGUACCUAUCCACUUUCGGUCGGCUAAAAAAAAAAAAAUUUUAAAAAAAAAGUAUUAACGCGUUCCGAUUUUAGAUUUUGAUGUGAUCUAGUUUCGUGAGUUGCGCUCCUAAGGAAUUGUGUAAACUAGUUUAUGCUAUUUAAGAGCCAAUCAUACCAAUUCUAUGUUG